CCAUUGUUGUUCUUGUGAAAAUUCCGCCAAAGGCGUUCCGCUACGUGCGGAAUUAAAAGUUGAACCGGACUCGACUUUUCCGCCACUGUAAAUUCCGCGAGCCAAUCAAAAUGCUUGAUUUCGUGUGUUUUACAUAAAAUUUAAAAUAGCUGAAAGCUGAAAGGAAAUAGCGAAGCAGUAGCUGUGAAUGCAUCAUUGUGAACCAUUGUGACAAGAAAAAGGGAAAUAAGAUGUCUUUCGCAGAAUCUAGUCAGAUUUUGAUGUCAUGCACGCCAGUAGAGAGUCAAGUUACAGAAUUUGACAAAGAAUUGUUUAUAGAGGAAGUUCGGAAAUUUCCAUGUCUAUGGAACAUUUAUUCUACUGAUUACAAAGACAGAAACAUCAAAAAUAAUGCAUGGCAAGAAUUGGCAAGAAUAUUUCAAAAAGAUUGCGAAUUCCUUCAAAAACAACUAAAAUAUUUAAAAGACAACCUGAAAAAAUGUCUCGACAGAAGAACAAGGAUGACAAAAUCAGGUGCAGCUGCUUCGUCGUUACCAAAAUGUAACUAUUUUGAACAGAUGUCCUUUCUUUAUGAAAGAGCACCUAUGAACUUCCCAACUGAAAGCAAUGUACGGAUACAGAGUAAGGAAAAUACAGAACAAACGUGUUCAAAGGAAAGCGUUGAUCAACCCCCUGAUGUAGAUUUGUUCACACCACCACAAUCUCCUAUCAUUUUGAACAAAAUUACGGACAAUGGCAGCGCUACUGUCACGGCGAAGCGGGAGAAAAGAAAACGUAGUGAGAAUGCAGAAGGAAAUAGAAUUUUGAAAGAGUUGGAUGCAAUAGAGAAAGAAUUAAAAGCUGGUGAUAAAGAGGAAUGUGAAGAUAGUCUUUUUUCCCGUAGCCUAGUGCCCACUUUAAGAAAAUUAUCUGCCAAGAAGAACAAAAUGGAAAAAAUUAAGAUUUCGCAGCUGUUGUUUGAAAUUGAGUUUGAUGAGACAUGUGAAUAAAACUAAUUUUCUCUUUAACAUUUUUUAUAUAACAUAACAUUUUUUACAGUAUUUGUAUGGAUGUACAUGUUCUAUACAUGUUGACAUAAAGUAUUCAGUUUUUAUUUUGUCCUGUACUAUUGACAAUAUCCCACUGCCAUUCUACUGCUCCUUCAUUGUUGAAAUAGCAUUUAAAUUCAUCCCGAAUUAAGGCUGCCUGUUUUGAAUAAUUGUUUGAACUACAAUUUGUUAAGUCCUGAAUACCACUGAUACUUUCAGAGUCUUUUCUCCAUUCACCUGGAAUAAUAUUGUUUUGGCUUCCUCUAUCAACAUAGUUUUCUGGGCAGUAAUUAUAAGUAUCAUUUGCAUUGGAAACAGUCAUUAAGUAGUUGUGUAAUGCCACCACUGUUUAGUUAUUAAUACAACUUUGUCGACUUUACUUAUGAUGGGUCGGCGAAGAAAUCGAAAGCGGCUUGCAGCAAUUCCAAAUACAUUUUCUACUACUCGCCGCGCUCUUGAGAGCCUAUAGUUGAAUACUCGCUUUUCUUUUGCCAAGUUUUGAAGUGGGUACGGUUUCAUCAUGUGAGGUUUCAGCCCAAAAGCAUCAUCACCUAUUAAAGUAAAAGGCAACACACGAUUUGACUGUGGUAGUUUUGAUGCUUUUGGAAUAUUAAGUAGAUUAUUCUCAAUGCUAUAGCCAAGAUUGCUGUUCCCAUACACACUACCAUCACUUUGUCUUCCUGUAUCUCCAAUAUCUACCAUUAGAAAUUUAUAAAGUGCACUGCACACUGCCAUAAGCACAAUACUGUGUUGCUUUUUAUAAUUAAAGAAUGCUGAACCUAAUCUUGCUGGGGCCUGCAUCCCAACAUGCUUUCCAUCGAUUGCCCCUAAGCAAUUUGGAAAGUUUCAUUUUUUAUAAAAU